AUGGCGGCCGUGGUAAAUUACGCGCCACCGUGGUGGGUCAACCUGCUCCACCGCUUGCCACACUUCAACUUGGACUUCCAGAUGGUCAGCAGCGACUUUCGGCCCGAAGACCCCGAGUAUCAAAAGUCAGUGCUUCUGCUCGGCUCGGUGGCCCUGUUUUGUUUGGGUCUGGACCUCCUGUUCCUCCUGUUCUAUUCCUUCUGGCUUUGCUGCCGCCGCCGCAAGAGCGACGAGUCAUCGUCCCACUCGCACCACGGGCACUCCCAGCAGCCCAGUGCGGACUGCUGCUGCACUGCCUGGUGUGUCAUCAUUGCCACCCUGGUUUGCAGCGCUGGCAUUGCUGUGGGCUUCUACGGAAACGGCGAAUCGAGUGAUGGAGCCAGCCGCCUGGCCUACUCCCUGCGCCACGCCAACCGCACUGUAUCGGGCAUAGAAAAACUGGUAUCGGAUAGUGCCAUAGCGCUGAAUCAGACAGUGGAGGAGAACCUGGUGCAGCUGGAGACAGCCUACCAAGAGCAGACGGACUAUGUGUCCAUCGUUCAGAAGCUGCAGGGACAGCUGGACGAGCUGGUCAAACUUAUGGUGGACGUCCCCUUUUGGUCCAACACGGCUGUGUCCCUUGAGGACUUGGCCCGACAAACUGAGGCCUUUGACUUCUACAGGUGGUUGGGAUACCUAGGCCUGCUGUUGUUUGAUGUGCUCAUUUGCCUCCUGGUUCUCUUUGGGCUCAUACGGAACUCCAGAGGAACUUUGAUUGGCGUGUGCCUGCUGGGUGUUCUGACGCUCGUCAUCAGCUGGGCGUCUCUGGGCAUGGAACUGGCUGUUGCUGCGUCGGCAAGUGACUUCUGCGAUUCUCCCGACACGUACAUCGCCCGCGCCACCAAGGAGAACGCUGUCAUCAAUCAAGAUAUUCUGCAGUAUUACCUGAAGUGCAGCCCGGGACAAGUGAAUCCCUUCCAGCAGAGGCUGUCGGGGAGUCACAAAGCGUUGGUGGAGAUGCAGGAUGACGUGGCGGAGCUUUUGCGAUCGGCCACGAGGGAAUACGCCAACACCAAGGAGAAUCUGAAUCAGAUCCAGUCUGUGCUGAACUCCACAGGGGUUGGCCUGCACCAGCUGACAGCUCUAGUGGACUGUCGCAGCCUGCACAUGGACUACGUGCAGGCUUUGACGGGCCUGUGCUACGACGGAGUUGAAGGGGUCAUCUACCUGGUGCUCUUCUCCUUCGUCACGGCACUCAUGUUCUCCUCCAUUGUCUGCAGUGUGCCACACACCUGGCCGGGCAAGAGGACGGAUGAGGAGGAUGGAGAGGAUGAGUCGGGCGCCUCACGGGGCGGCAUUCACGAUAACCUCUACCGCGUUCACAUGCCCAGUCUCUACAGUUGCGGUUCCAGCUAUGGUAGCGAAGCUAGCCUGCCUGCCACCGCCCACACCGUCAGCAACGCCCCCGUCACUGAGUACAUGAACCAGAACGCAAACUUUCAGACCCCCCGGUGUGAGAACACCCCCUUGAUUGGCAGGGAGUCCCCUCCACCCUCUUACACCUCCAGUAUGAGGGCCAAAUACCUGGCCACGAACCGCCCGGACCAGAACCGUCGCUCCGUCCCCAACGAACAGCUGGACCCAGCCAGCCGGCCCCACGCCAACACCCGGCCGCAGUCCUCAGUCCACUAA